GUGUGUGCACCUGCAGCUUCUGUAAAAUUAUCACUUCUCAAAAAGUGACUCUUAAUACAUACGCACUCACAUACAGAACUUCCUUCAGACCUCUUCACAUCAAAAAAUCUCUGAACAAACCGGCUACACACCAAAAAGAACCAUGACAACUGCCCAGACAGUUUGCUUAUUGUGCUUCGUUUUACUCUUGGGAUCGGCACAUGCUAAAGAAGGUUCCGGCGGGACCCCUCAAACAACACCUGUAAUCACAACUAAUAAUAACCCUGAAAUGGCUAAAAACACAAACACCACAGAAAUUAAAACAUCAAAACUGGAAUCAACUACAUCAGCUUUGAAAUGUGACUGCACUCCAACCCCUAAUUGCACUUCAAGCCCUAAAAGCACUCCAAACCCUCCUGAGACUCGUAAAGAUGCUUUAGAACAUUACAUUAUCUCCUUGCCAAAAGAAACAGCGAUUCUGGUUCUGGUGGUGCUGGUGGUGGCCUGCAUUACAUUGCUUCUGAUCACACUCUUAUGUACCUGCCAUGUUUGCCACCUGAGAGCAGUAAUCUCCAGGUUACAGCCUUAUCACAGCGUCGACCUAUACUCUGUAAAAAAGAGGAGCGAAUCGCCAUGCAAGGAUGAUGGCAAAGAAAAAGAGCAACCAACAGAGACCUGCCUCAUGUUGGCAGAGGUGACCGUGCAAGAGGAGGAAAAGAAGGAGGAAAAGGAGGAGGAGAGCGUUCCACUCAACACCGAGCCACCUGCGGAGAAACCGAAUGGUGACGUCACCCAGGAGGAGAAUGCUUACGAUAUUGUGAGCGACGAGCCUGCUGUAGGAAUAACGGAGGUCUCUGAUACAGGAGUGUGAUUUCCUAACCCAUUCUGUAUGUGUGGUGUCACACGGCUCCCCCUGGUGGCACUGAAAGUCUAUAGCAGCUUAAGCUUCAUUUGACUGUUACAGCUUGGUUUGUACAUCUUGAGCACCAGAAUCGAAAGAAGGGAUUUCAAUCCACAAGUGCGAUAGUAAGACUGCUAAGUUACUCAAGCCAACAAUAAACUAAUUUUAGCAUUGAAAGUAUUGAAAAUAUGCAACUCUUAACAUUGUGUUUAUUACAUAAAGCUAUAUACUAUGACCAGGUUUCUAACGGCAAAUUUGUGCAUUUAUUGUGUUGUCUGUAUUGCGGUUUCCCAGACAGGGUUUAGAUUCAUCCAGGAGUAAGCUUUAGUUAUAUUAGGACAUUUAAAUAGUUUUAACAAACAUAUACUGGUGUGCAUCUUGAUUAUGUUAAGAUAUGUCAAUGCAAUAUAUUUUUUAAAUUAAGGCAGCUCAAACAUGCAUUUUAGUCUGGGACUAGAUUAAGCUCUGAUCGAGAAACCACCCCUGUGUGUUUUGUUUAUUCUUAAACAUUUUUAGAUUUCUGAAUAUUUUUGGAUAAAUAAAGUUUAUGUUGUCUUUA